UUCUUUAGGGAGAGACGGUUCCAACUCGAAAGGAGAACUCAAUUCGUCGGAUCCUCGAAAAGAUUCAGCCGAAGAACAUCACCAGAAAAUUUGAAGACAGGUUACAGAGGAAGAUGGCAAUCAUGGAGAAGCUUAAAAUUUUUGUCGUUCAAGAGCCAGUCGUUGCAGCUUCUUGCCUUAUCGCUGGAGUUGGUCUUUUCCUUCCAGCUGUGGUGAGGCCUAUUCUUGAUUCCCUUGAAACAAGCAAGCAAGUCCCUCAACCUGCUUUAAGUGAUGUGGUUGCAGGUGUGCGUAAAAAGCAGGGAUAAUUAUUCUCCCAACUCUGUUCAGUUUUUCUCCUUUUUCUCGUCUGUUUUUUACCGCCUCCAUUCUAAGCAGCAUGAAAUAAGCUUUUCCUUUUUAAUUAGUUGAGCACUGAGAUGUGAGAAGAAUUGCUCAUUGAACAUCAUCCUGUUUUGUCAAGUAUAUGAAUAUUUUCUUGCUAUGCUGAGUUAACUCUUAUAAAUUGUCGGUAGUUCAUUCCAUUCAAAAUCCACUGUUUUUCCUUUCCUUAUCA